UAUAUUUUCUCUGCAGAAACUUGAAAGUGUUUGAAGUUCGCUUACAUCCAGAUAAGAUCGUCUAUUAGCGGAAUGCAGAUUCCAUAAUUGGCCAACAUGAGUUUGGGGACCAGUGCUAGUGAUAGUGACUUUUCACAACUAAAGCGGGAGCAGCCCUUCUUCACCACCAAAGCCCAUGUGUUCCAGAUUGACCCCGAGACAAAGAAGAACUGGGUUCCAGCAUGUCAGUCGUCCGUCAGUGUCUCCUAUUACUAUGACAGUACCAGGAAUACCUAUAGGAUUAUCAGUGUGGAUGGAUCCAAGGCGAUAAUUAAUAGUACCAUCACCCCGGGGAUGACCUUCACAAAGACGUCACAGAAGUUCGGGCAAUGGUCAGAUCCUCGGGCCAACACUGUUUAUGGACUAGGGUUUACGUCCGAGGCAGAUCUUGCCAAGUUUAUUGAAAAGUUCAAGGAAGUGAAGGAAUUGACGAGGCAGCAGGUAACACAACAGAAUGCUCAGGUGAAUGGUAAUGGAAGUAGUGAUGACGGACAUGUGGCGCCAGGGACGCCACAACAGGGGAGACAAUUCCUACACACACGCAGCUCUAGUCUGUCUGCCAUGCAGGUUGGGGAUGGACAGGGACAAGGUCAGGAAAGCCGUGAACCAGUGAAUCUAAGGGAACGUAGAAACUCCUUCAAUACUCCAGGCUCUCCCCAGCCAAACUCACCAGAUGGCCAACUCAAAUACGAAAACGACCGACUCAAAUUAGCACUAGCACAAAGCUCAGCAAAUGCCAAGAAAUGGGAGAUCGAAUUACAGACACUGAAGAACAAUAAUGCACGUCUGACUGCUGCUCUCCAGGAAAGCACGGCUAAUGUAGAGGAGUGGAAAAAACAGCUCGCCGCGUACAAGGACGAGAGUACUCGCAUGAAGAAAAAGAUUGUUGAGAUGGAGAAGCAACAGAAUUCAUCGGAACAAGUCGGGGCUCUUCAGGGGGAAUUAUCACAGCUGACUGAACGCCUCGAACGGGUACAACUUGACAACCAAGACAAACAAGAUGAGAUUAACCAACUAAGUAUGAGAUUGACUGACAUGACGGCCAAGGAGUCGGCCAGUUCUGGCUUACACGGACAAAUACGGACAUUAGAGGAAGAAAAUCAAUCACUAGCACUCAAGGUAGAGGACUACCAUCGACAAUUACAGGAGUGUCGCAUGUCACAUGAUCAAGACUCCAACGAUCUCCUACAUCUACAGGAUCAGCUGGGCUCCAAAGUGACAGAAAUGUAUGAAAUACACGAACAGAUUAUCUCUUUAAUACGCAAGGAAUCCAACAGUUGAUACUCAGCAAUAACACUUACUCUCUAUGUCUUCCUUAUAUCGUCAUAUAUUAUUUCUGCCGCUUCUUCAGUUGUUGUUGAAGGUUAUGGAUCUUCAUUUGAUACCCAUGCUGCAGCAGUUGCCAUUUCCUAAUUGUUGUUGCUUUCUUGGAUAAAUCUGGAAUACUUGAAACAGUUGAUGAAGAUUCGCUGUCAGCAAUGUUUCAGGGAGAAGGUGCGAGACCACUGACAAAGGGAAGUAACCAGUUAGGCAGUGAGGUGCCCAGUCAGCAAAUAUGAUUCUAUCGGAUUGAGUCAGUGUCAGCAGUUCUUCAGGUGCCCUGUCAGCAAAUAUAAUUCUAUUGGAUUGAGUCAGCGUCAGUUUUAGUGAUCUGUAUCAACCAGUCAAGGGAGAUAACCAGUUAGCCAAAUGAUUUUAUGGUACCGGCAAUGAUGACCGAGGGAAUUAGACAUUGUUCAUUAUGUUGUAUUAUGUGAUAUCACAUAUGUUAGGUUUUUAAAAAGUUGAUAUAUUCCUCUUUUCAAUCUGUUACUUACAUUGAUUUCAAUAUUUAAUUUUAUGUCAAAGCAUGUAUAGGAAAUUAGCAAAAUUGUACGGUGUAUGUUGAAUUCUACAAUAAUUUUCAAUGGAAUAGCUUGGUGAGUUAUACAGAGUAUGGUCUCGCCUGUAUUUGACUGUGUUAAGACUAUACUCCUUACUGUGGACAGUAUUUCUCCAUGAUAUCAUUUCCUAUGGACACUACUUCUCUGACAGACAUUUUCCCAUAGAAACAAAUAAUGUGUGAUAACACGUUAUCAUAUUAAAUGUUGAUAUAAACAAUGGCAGCACACUUUGAAACAAUAAGCACAGAGGAGCUAAGACAGAGCAACAUGUAUCAGUAAUAUUGUGUCCGUCUGUAUAGUUGUUAUCAUCCAAUGACAUAGUACUUAUGUAGUAAAUCUAUGAUUACCUUCCCAGAAGGAUUUUUCCCUAGUAGUGCUGUCAGGAGAAGUAGUGUCCAUGCUUAUUUAUUUGAAGUAAUUUCUGUAAGAUAUAUCUUGAGAUAUAUGAAUAUACUUUUGAGUUAAGGAUUUUUACAUUUUCAAUACAAUGAAAGUUUAACAUGUGACCUGAUGCGGAAUGAAUGAAGUCUUUUUUUUUUUUUUUUUUAUGUAUAAAUAUGGUUUUUGGUUAUAUUUAUGUUUUAAAGGUGGCACAAUCGCACAAGGAAAUGUGUUAUUCAAUCAAUGAUUUCAUAUGUCAGUCAUUUGUUGAAGAAAUAAUGAGCCAUUCCAGAUUUAAAAUUCAGCAAAGAUGACAAAUACAAAAGAGAAAAUAAUCCCUUGUAAAAAGCCUAAACGUCUUUUUCUCAAGAGAAAAACUGAUACUCUUACUGUAAUAUUUAUUGAGAAAAAUGCAUCCUUAGAAUUUCACUGUCAUUGAUAUAUCAUCACUGAUGACUCUGUCAUUUGUUGUCAUCACAUCAUCAACACUCCUGGUGCUUUGGAUAUUACAAAGUCGUUAAGGUUUCUCCUCCUUUAUAGUCAAAAACAAAAACUCAGAUUGCUGUUGAAGUGAACUUUUUUAGUGUUUGCUAAAACUUUACUGUCUGUAAUCUGUGACAAUUUUCAUCACUCAUAUUACACAUUGAAAUAUCAGUUACUGAAAUAUUUCUUAAUGAAAGCAUGAUGCUGUCACACAAAUUUGCCAAUACUGGUAGUCAAAAAUGUUUUAGAGACAUGUAAUGUAUAUCGUGGUUUAAUUUCUACUUAGGAAAAUUUGUUUUAGUAUUUUGUUUAAAUAUUGAUCAUUAGUAUUGAAGUAUUUUUUGUCUUCAAUAAUUUUAUAAGUUAUUUAUGGCAGACUAGAAUUGCCGCUUAUUGAUGGUUGUUUUAAUAGAUCUGAAAUAAAUUCCAUAAAAAUGCAGUUCCUCUCUUGAAUUUUACCCCAGUGUUUUUGUUUCCCCGAGUGAAUAAUACUGUAGAAAAAAAACCUGGCCCCUGUGACUGUAAAAAUACUAGAAAAGCACAUGCAGUUCAGAACUCAGGAAUCUUUUACUCAAAGUAAUUAAAUUGUUUUAUCUGAAUGAGUCUUUUAUAACUGAAGUCUUAAUCUUAUGUUUUAUCAUAUAUAUAUUCAUCAAGUUCUUCAUUUUAGCCAUAAAGCUUGAAUUUCAUGUUUAGGUAAGUGUAAAAUUGUUCAUAAAUGUGUAACUUAAUACACUAACUUCAACUUUCUAUUGUGUAAGAAAGCUGUAGAGAAACAGAGAAAUAUGUGGUAAAUGUUUAAUACAGUCCGAGUCUCGAUAAUCUAGCCCCUGUGCUUCACAUUUUAUUGUCAGUUUGUGAAUAAUUGCUGUGACAAUUUUUGAAAGGGAAAUGUGUCCCCCGAGAUAUAUUUAAUUGUCUCGCAACUGGAUGAAUUAAUUAAGUGCAUAUGGUGACCAAAAUUAGAAAAACUUGACCAAUUAGUGGAUGGUUUUGCUAUGUAAAGCAGUAGGCUUACAAAAUAUUUGUAUUUUUUCUUUUAUUGAAUUAGCUAGAAAACUUAACAAUUUACUAGAUAUAUUGGCCAGUAUUGAAAGUUAAAGUUAUAAAUUUGUCAAAGAAUUAUAGAUAUUGUAGACAUAAUGAUAUUUUUGUAGUCUAUGAAUGUUGAAUAUUUACAUUAGUAUUAUUGUACACAAAACAGCUGAGGACAUCAGGAAUAAAAUGUUGUAAACUGUAGAUACCGGUCAUAAAUCAAAACUACAAAUCUUCUUUUAUAAAUCCAGGAAUGUUUUGUAUUAUUCUAGAAUAUAUUUGACACUUAUCUGGAGGGAUGAGGGUGUGAAUACAUGUACAAACUAUAUACAGAUCUGUUAAAUAAAUCAAUUAAACCCCCAAACAUUUUUGGGGAAAAUAAUUGUAUGUCCAUGCAUGGUGCUCAGAAAAGUAACUUACAAAAUAAAGUAUUUAGUAGUGAAUUUUAAUCUUGGUUUGAAAUCCAAGAGAAACACAAAUACAAUAUGAUGUUCUACAAUUCUGGUAAUUUUACUUACUACAAAGGACUUGUUUCUUAAUCCAAGGAUUUGUUUUUAACUAUUUUAACUGUGCCUGAGUAAAAUAGUUAUAUUCAGUACUGAUGUUGUAUCUUCAUUAAACAUUCUGCAUUAAUUGAUUGUGAACCCAUUAAACAAAAGUUUCAUAUUCAUGUUGAGAUGUAGAGUCGUACAUAUUGUGUACAGUUUGAUUAUAAAGCUUGGUGUUAGUGUUUUGUCAGUUUAUCCGUCCUGUCCUUGAAUGUCCUGAUCCCUCCUACAUGUACCAUGACCACUAAGUGCCCCUUUUGUAGCUUCAUUCAGUACCCCUAGAUACGACCCCUCCCUUGGUUUCCCCAACCCCAUGACUUCAAACACUGCCUUGGGGUCAUCCACGUCCUGCUGCCAUAGUUCCCCCCCCCCCCCCCCCCCCCCCCCCCCCCCAAUGUCUAAUGUUAACCCUACUGCUGUUGUUCAGGUUACUUUGUUAAAUGUUUUGAUCAGCUGUAUAUUAAAUUAUUGAAUUUGGUUUUUAUCUAGUUCUCUUAGAUAUAUGAAUUAUCACACAAGUGUAUCGGUAUGUGGUUCUGUUGUUUGUAUAAGGGUAUCAUUUUGUCUUCAGGAAUUUCCCUGUGUUUGUGAACUAGUCUGUUAUUUUCUUCUUCAUGAAGAUUUGAAACAUUUCUACUACAUACUUCACUCAAAACUUAUUAUGUUGAUUUGAUUGUUUGUACUAUUUGUGUAUUUUAUUGAAAGCAAUAAUCAGAUUUUGAAAGGAUAUUUUCUUUGUUUUUAUUGUUUUAAAUCUUCAGUUGUUUUGUGUGUUAUCAAAAUGUGUUAGUGAAGAAAUUCUUUAUACAUUUGUAAGUUAUUAUGACAGUAUUUGUGUUGUUUCUCUCAGAAACUGCAUGCCUAGUGAUGAAUGCUAGUGAAAUGCAAGAUUUUAUUUUUAAUUUUUUUUUUUUUUAAAGCAUUGUACCUGCUAUCUGAUCUGACUGAUAUAAGCAGCAACAUAUCAUUUUACUGCAUAGAACAUGAUUUAAUAUCUAUUGUGUCAUCAUCAGGGUUUAUUUAUCUAGUAUUGUUUCCAAACAAGAUGUUGACACGGGUCGAUCCUGUGUUCCAUGUAUCCUCUUAUAUAGUAGAGGUUAGAUACAUGUUUCUUGACACAAUAUUUUUAUCUGUAUCAUCAAGUUCAGUUUUAUUUCAGAAAGUGAAAUAACAGUAUCAGUUUUAUUAUCUAGAUCUGUCAUCUGUACGGUAGUAGAAAUUUAUUUUCCCUCUGUACAAAACCUUAUUGUUGAUUCUCUGUUCUUUUAGAUAAUAUUAAUUUUAAAUUUUCUUUGUGUUAAAGAUGCAAAUUGCCCAAUCUUGUCACGACCCUAUCCACAUCUAUCAAACUCAAGGAUGUGAUUGGUUAUUUUAUAAAAUUUUGACUUAAUUACUAGAUAGUUCCAUAUAUCCUUAGAAAACAGUAAUGUAACAACAUUUAAAGUUUCACCGAGAUAAAAUUUUAGAUUAUUAAAUUCAAGCACACGAUAUUACAUGUAAUAGUUGUAAGAAUUAAAAAUAAUACACAUCUAAUAGGUUGGUGAAUUUCUGUUGUUAGUGUCCAAAGAACUUGAUAAUUUGAAAGAACAUUGAGGUUUGUAAUUGAUGGCAGUGUUGUGGAGAGCGAAAUAUGCUGAAAUGUUGCUUCGUGAUCAGAGUAGCCAAAAUGUGUACCAUUUAUUUCGCCUUUGUAGAUAAAACAGAUAUACAUAUUUACAAGUUUUAUUUAUUUAUGAUAUAUAUCUAUGCAAUAUACACGUACAAAUUUUAUUUCAGACUAUGUAGUUAUAAAACAUCAGAUAAUGUUCUUGAUGAAAAAUACAUAUAUCUAAAAUAAAAACAGUAAAAUGGC